AUGUCAAUCUCCAUAAUUUGUCCGUGUUGUCAUUUUGGUGAUUUGGAAACACCGGAACAACUUUGCGAUCAUGUAUCGACUGUGCAUAAAACUGCGGCCCCGAUUCUUGAACAUUUUUUCGAUGAUGGUGAUCAAUUACAGGCUUGGCUAUCCGAAGUGGAAGAUUCGCGUACUGAAGGCGGUUAUGUCGGUUCAGAAGAAGGUCCGUCCAGCGACGAUAAGGAAUACUAUUUGCUAUGUCGAAGACGUGCAUCUCCAUUGCUGAAGCGACGUCGUCUUACCGAAUCUGCGCGGUUUAGUGAAACCGAAGGAAACACCGUUUCAUGCACGGCUUUCGUACACGUAAUGGAAAGAGUUGAUGGGUGA